GGCGGGGCCUUCCCCUCAGCGACGGGCGGGGCCCGGCCGAACCCCCUGUAACAGCUGAAGUGGGUUGCGAGUAGGAGGCGGCGGCUGGUCCUCAGCGGUGAUUGGGAAGAUGGCGCCUCCGGUGACGGACCGGGGGCUGAAGAGCAUCGUGUGGCAGAAGAUAAAAGCAACAGUGUUUGAUGACUGCAAGAAAGAAGGCGAAUGGAAGAUAAUGCUUCUAGAUGAAUUUACCACUAAGCUUUUGGCAUCGUGUUGCAAAAUGACAGAUCUUCUAGCAGAGGGUAUAACUGUUGUGGAGAAUAUUUAUAAGAAUCGAGAACCUGUCAGACAAAUGAAAGCUCUUUAUUUUAUCUCUCCAACAUCAAAGUCUGUAGACUGUUUUUUACGUGAUUUCGGAAGUAAAUCGGAGAACAAAUACAAAGCAGCGUAUAUCUACUUCACUGACUUUUGCCCUGAUAGUCUCUUUAACAAAAUUAAGGCUUCUUGCUCCAAGACAAUAAGAAGAUGUAAAGAAAUAAAUAUUUCCUUCAUUCCACUUGAAUCUCAGGUAUAUACUCUUGAUGUACCAGAUGCAUUCUAUUACUGUUACACUCCAGACCCUAGUAAUGCAAAUGGAAAAGAUAUCAUCAUGGAAGCGAUGGCUGAGCAGAUAGUUACAGUAUGUGCUACCCUGGAUGAAAAUCCUGGAGUAAGAUAUAAAAGUAAACCUCUAGAUAAUGCCAGUAAGCUUGCUCAGCUUGUUGAAAAAAAACUUGAAAACUACUACAAGAUUGAUGAAAAGAGCCUAAUAAAGGGUAAAACUCAUUCCCAGCUCAUAAUAAUUGAUCGUGGCUUUGAUCCUGUGUCCACUGUCCUGCAUGAACUGACCUUUCAGGCAAUGGCAUAUGAUCUACUGCCGAUUGAGAAUGAUACAUACAAAUAUAAAACCGAUGGGAAAGAAAAGGAGGCAGUCCUCGAAGAAGAUGAUGACCUCUGGGUCAGAAUUCGACAUCGGCAUAUUGCAGUUGUAUUAGAGGAAAUUCCCAAGCUUAUGAAAGAAAUUUCAUCAACAAAGAAAGCAACGGAAGGAAAGACAUCACUUAGUGCUCUUGCCCAACUGAUGAAAAAGAUGCCCCAUUUCCGUAAACAGAUUACUAAGCAAGUUGUUCAUCUUAACUUAGCAGAAGAUUGCAUGAAUAAGUUCAAGCCUAAUAUAGAAAAGCUCUGCAAAACUGAACAGGACCUGGCACUUGGAACUGACGCAGAAGGACAGAAAGUCAAAGAUGCUAUGCGAGUACUCCUUCCAGUUCUACUGAGCAAAAAUCAUGAUAAUUAUGAUAAAAUAAGAGCAAUCCUACUUUAUAUAUUCAGUAUUAAUGGAACUACGGAAGAAAACUUGGACAGGUUGAUCCAGAAUGUAAAGAUAGAAAAUGAGAGUGACAUGAUUCGUAACUGGAGUUACCUUGGUGUUCCCAUUGUCCCUCCCUCUCAACAAGGCAAACCAUUAAGAAAGGAUCGGUCUGCAGAAGAAACGUUUCAGCUCUCUCGAUGGACACCUUUCAUCAAAGAUAUUUUGGAGGAUGCCAUUGAUAAUAGAUUAGAUUCAAAAGAGUGGCCAUAUUGUUCCCAGUGUCCAGCAGUAUGGAAUGGCUCAGGAGCUGUAAGGGAGGAAGGGGAAAUUGGGAAAUUUUAAAGUUCUAAGUCAGAGAAUUACAAAGAAGAAGAAUGCAUCAUAAUCUUCCCACCAAGAUAACUCCCUUUGACCUAAGAAAAUAAUAAUGUAAUCUUUGUAUAUGGUUGGAUAAUGUAAGGAUAUGUGUGCACAUGUGUUACACAAAGGGAGCAUCUUCAUUUCAAAUCUCUCCUUUUACCUGGCCUCAUAGUGUUCUAUUAUAGAGUGGGCUGUAAUUUAUAUAUCACUCAUCUUCAGAGUUUUGCUCUUACAAAUAAUGCGGCAUUGUUUGGGUACAUACCUGUGCAAACUUACACAAAUAUUUCUAUAAUAUAAAUUUCUAGCAAGGACAUAGCUGUCUAAAGUAUUUGUGCUUUAAAAUACUGAUAGAUAUCACAAUUUAAAAUUUUUAUGUAGGGACUUCCCUGGUGGUCCAGGGGCUAAGACUCCACGCUCUCAAUGCAGGGGGCCUGGGUUCGAUCCCUGGUCAGGGAACUAGAUUCUACAUGCUGCCAUGCUGCAACUAAGUGUUGGCAUGCCGCAACUAAAAGAUCCCCCACACCACAACUAAAAAGACCCCGCAUACAGCAACUAAAGAUCCCACGUGCCACAACUAAGACCCGAUGGAGCCAAAUAAAUAAAUAAAUUAAAUAAAUAAAUACUAAAAAAAUAAAAUUUUUAUGUAGAUCAAUCCAUCACUUUUCCUGUGUGGCUUGCAAAUUUAUGUUGUACUUAGAAAUAUCUUUGCACCUGAGAUUGUAAAUUCACUCAUCGAUCUUCUAGAGCAUUUUGAUAGGUUCAUUUUAUUUUUUACAGGUAACUCUUUUAUCCAUCUGGAAUUGGUUUUAGUAUGAGAAUGUGUGCUAGAUAUUGUCUCUUAGCACUUGGCAUUAUGUCCCAUGCCUCCCCAUUCCAUACCACAGGGGAUGAAAACUAAAAAGGAAGUUUUGCAGACUCAAAGGUAAGUGGGGUUCUGAACAGGUUAGAUUCUGCCAACGACUUGCAUUUGGUCAAGUUUUGAAGUUAGAAGGGAGGCAGAGGCCAUCUGCUGCAGCUGUGCCAAUGGACAAGCAAGUUGCUGCCGACAGGAGUUGUUUGUAGCAACCAGACUCCACAUUUUAGUGUCUCUCACCUGCUUCAUGGGUAUGAGGCAAUGCUGGUGGCAACUGGUGGCAUUAACUUCCUGUUCUCUGGAUCAGAUGGUGAUAUGACCUUGAAUCUAAAAAUAUGGCCCCUAGUUUCUGCCCUUACAGCUUUUUCCAUGAGUUUUAAGGACUUAAUUCUCUAUAUGUUAAAACACUUCUUGAAAUAUCUAGAGGAGUUUCUGUUCUCCCAUGAACCCUGACUGAUACAGUAUUUAACAGAGAUCCAUCCUUAUUUCUUUCUAAAUAGUCAGAUACUAUACCAAAUUUUAUUGGGUAAUCCCUCUUUCCGCAACUGAACUGAAAUACUACGUUUCUCAUAAACUAAGUUUGUAUUUUGGUCUAUUUCUGGAUUCUGUUUUAUUGACUUAUAGUUUGUAUCUCUUUUUCUCUAUUUUAUUUUUUUUUAAUUUUUAUUGGAAUAUAGUUGAUGUACAAUGUUGUAUUAGUUUCAGGUGUGCAGCAAAGUGAAUCAGUUAUACAUAUACCAUUCUUUUCCCAUAUAAGGCAUUACAGACUAUUGAGUAGAGUUCCCUGUGCUAUACAGUAGGUCCUUAUUAUGUAUUUAAUAUAGAGUUGUGUGUAUAUGUCAGUCCCAGGCUCCCAGUUUAUUCCCUAUUUUGAUUCAUGGUGUGUUAAUAUGUGGACGUAAUCUCUGUUCCACCCAUACCAAAAUUACCGUUAUUUUUCAGAAUUCCCUGGGUAUUACAUUUUUUAAAAAUGAACUUUAGUCUCGUUAAUACCAAAAGUUAUUUUGAUAUUUUCAUUAGGUGUACAGUAAAUUUAUAGGUUAAUUUAGGGAAAAUAUGACCUUAAGAAUCAUUAUUUUCUUUAUAUAGAUCCUGCAUAUUGCCAUAAUAUUUUUCAUGGUUCCAUGUGAAUUGGAUCUUCUAUUAUGCUUUUCAAACAGAUAUUUUUUAAUUAAUUAAUUUAUUUUUUUGGCUGCGUUUGGUCUUCAUUGCUGCGCGCAGGCUUUCCUUUUAGUUGCGGCGAGCGGGGGUUACUCUUCGUUGCAGUGUGCGGGCUUGUCAUUGCGGUGGCUUCUGUUGUUGCGGAGCAUGGGCUCUAGGCGCGCAGGCUUCAGUAGUUGUGGCUCGCGGGCUCUAGAGUGCAGGCUCAAUAGUUGUGGCGCACGGGCAUAGUUGCUCUGAAGCAUAUGGGAUCUUCCCGGACCAGGGAUCAAAACCGUGUUCCCUGCAUUGGCAGGCGGAUUCCUAACCACUGCGCCACCAGGGAAGCCCUGGAUUUUUUUAUAUAUAGGAAGGUUUCUGUUUUUGAUAUAUUAAUUUUAGAACUUGAUAUUUUACUAAGUAAUGAUAAUAAAAUAAUAAUGUGCAAAUGCUUACUUUGUGCUUUAUAUGUGAGGCACUGUUUUUAAGUGUUUAUAUUACCUCAUUCAGUCUUCUCAUUUAAUCCUGUGAGGAUAGGCACUAUUAUCAUCUCCAUUUUAAAGCUGAGAAAAACAAAAGGCACAGAGAGGUAAUACAGUUUAACCUGGAUGACAUGUAUAUGUGGAGAGGAAAGGUGACAUUGAUAAACAGCUCUCUUUGUUUUUUUUUAAUUGAAGUAUAGUUGAUUUACAAUGUUGUGUUAAUUACUGCUGUACAGCAAAGUGAUUCAGUUAUACAUAUAUAUGCUUUUCUUUUAAUGUAUUCUUUUCCAUUAUGGUUUAUCACAGGAUAGUGAAUAUAGUUCUCUUCGCUAUACAGUAGGAACUUGUUGUUUAUCCAUUCUAUAUGUAAAAGCUUAACGUCUGCUAACCUCAACCUCCCACUGCAUCCCUCCCCCAACCCCCUGCCCCUUGGCAACCACCAGUCUAACAAACAGCUCUCUUUGAGACUGAGCAUGAGAACAGUACAUUGCCAGUGAGAGGGUUAAUUUUUUGGUGUCUGCAUUUUAUCUGAGAUCUUUGUAUGCCUUGGUAACUAUCUGUCCAGGGUUAGUACAUGUGUGGAACAGAGAUUCAUAGUAAUCCAAUGCCCUGUGACAAAUGGAGCUAAGAGUGUGAUGACAGCAAACAUUGGUCCAUUCAUUCAAUCACUGCACACCUCAGUGAUCACUCUGCCCUAUCACACUGAUAGGAGAUCCUUUGAGGCCUACAUUUUAGGCCUCAAAUUUCACAUACAUUUUAGGCUUAGAGUUGGAGAGACCCUUUGUUUCCUAAAUUUCUUACUGGAUUUGAAGACAUAAGAGGUCAUCACACAUAAAUUCCUACUAUAAGCUGAUUCCUUACCCCACUCCACCCUCGGUAGAAUGAGCAGUUACAGAUUCUGGUAUCAAGACCCUGAAAAAGACUUUUUUCGUUGUUGCUCCUAACUGAAACGAUUUACUAUCUCUGAAGCACAUUUUUACUUCCUUUCAAACUUUAGUUUUUGCCACACUAAUAGGUAAAAUUAUAUUUCAUUAUUUUGAUUUCUUUUAUUAUGAGUUAGGAAUAACACAUUUAUUUUUAAGGAAAUAUGUGUUGAUUUUGAUUUUUAAGAAUCAGAGGUCCAUUUUUUGUUUCAUUUUAGCACAUUGUGUCCCCCAUUUCUUGCAGUUUUGGUGUUUUCUCUAGGAAGUCAUCUUCAUAAGUUUGUGUAAUAAGUAAAAUACUUCUGGGGUGAAGACCAA